GUCUGCAAAAUGGUCGCACGAUGUCGCUGCAUCUCCAUAGUUACAAAGCUACGCUGCUAAUUUUUGCCGCCAACUGAUUGUGUGCUACAAAUGUUACAAUAGAAUGGCUCUUCAGGAAAACAACAAAAGCCCUUCGUUUAGAUAUGGAGUGCGAGCUUCAGGACUUGGCGAGGUUUGGACGCAUACACACGACCAACUUAAAUUUACCCAAUUCGGAUGGAGGUGUACUACUAAAGAAAGUAGUUACAGCAACAGAACUUUAAUUGGAAAUUGGAAUGAGCAACGAUAUGAAGUAAACAGAGCGUUAGAGCUUAAACCGCUUCCAUCACAGUACGAUCAUUACUUUGAAACGACGUCAUCGCAAGACUACAGACACAGUGGGGAACCGGUGGGAUUAGAUAACGUUUCGAAAAAGGUUGAUCUUCGAAAACUGGCGGGAAAAGAACCAACAGCGUUUCCAGGUCACCAACCAGAGUUAGAUCAUGACCUUGACAAAGAAAUGUACAACUCAUUUAUCACCACAUCCCGCAACGCAUACGUACAUCCAACGGUUCGUAAAACGCCCCAAGUCUAAAGUCGUCAUGUUACAGACUUAAUCGUUAUACAAUGAUCUGCCUAAUGCGUUUUUGAACUAUUUACCAUACUGCGCUAGAUAAGUAAUAUUGAUCACAGCCAUGUUUAGGUUUAGCUUUUGUGUUGUUAUUAAUUUAACAUUGAAACAAGCCACUGAUAUAUAGAAAUGUAAUAUUACUGUGCAUUUUUCAAUACAAAAUAUUUUAUAAAACCAGUAUGCUGGUGCAAACAG